AUGCCGUGGAGCAGCGUGGAUGCGGUGCAGCAGCAUCGAUACCGGAUCGGCAUGCACGCUGUGGAUGCUGUGGAGCAGCGUGGGUGCCGUGGAGCCGGCUGGGAUGCUGCCGCUGGCCAGGUGAGCACGGUCCACAGGGGAGCUGCGGCGGUGGCUGCCCGCGGGGCUCGGCGGAGGCGCUGGCACCAGGACAGCGCGGCACCCGUCUCCGGGGACAGCGGGGACAGCGGCGACCCGACCGCCGCAGCGGGACUGCGCCCACCGCGGGCAGAGCAGAGCCCAUCGCCGGGGCACAGCACAUCACCGCGGGCAGAGCAGAGCCCAUCGCCGGGGCACAGCACAUCACCCCGGGCAGAGCCGAGCCCAUCACCGCGGGACUGCGCCCACCGCGGGCAGAGCAGAGCCCAUCGCCGGGGCACAGCACAUCACCGCGGCACUGCGCCCACCGCGGGCAGAGCAGAGCCCAUCACCGCGGGCAGAGCCCCCCGCGCCGACGGACUGAGGAGCCGGGCGGGCUGUGGCUCGGCAGAGCGCGAGUGGCCGGCGGCGGUCCCGCUGCCCGCCCCGCACCAUGCGGGCGCCGCUGCCUCCCCGCGCCGCGGCGGCGGCGGAGCCGGGGCAGCCAGCGCGGCGCCCCGCGCCAUGGUGACGGGCUCGGCUCGGCGGGGCUCCCGCAGCCGGGACCGAGCCGCGCCGGGCCCCUGCCCGUCGGCGGGCGGGCGGCGCGGCGGGGCGGCGGCGGCAGCGGUGGUGCUGGCGGGGCUCUGCGCCCUCUGCUACGGCAACUCCCUGCGGGGCGAGUUCGUGCACGACGACGUCUGGGCCAUCGUGAACAACCCCGACGUGCGGGCGGCCACCCCCGUGUCCGCCGCCUUCGCCAACGACUUUUGGGGCAAGCGCAUGGCCGAGAACACCAGCCACAAGUCCUACCGGCCCCUCUGCAUCCUCACCUUCAAAUUGAACAUAUUGCUGGCUGGCAUGAACCCCUUCUAUUUCCAUGCAGUGAAUGUAAUUUUACACUGUCUGGUGACUCUUGUGCUGAUGUAUACUUGUGACAAAGCUGUGUUCAAGGACUGUCGACUUGCUUUUGUCACGGCGCUCUUCUUUGCUGUGCAUCCCAUUCACACCGAGGCUGUAACAGGUAUAGUAGGCAGAGCAGAUGUCCUCGCCUGUCUACUCUUUCUGUUGGCUUUUCUCUCCUAUAAUAGGAGUGUGGAUCAGCUUUAUGUUGGGGAACAUUUCCCUCCCACUGCCUCCCCAUUCUUUUUGCUGCUUAGUUUAUUCCUUGGGACAUGUGCAAUGCUGGUGAAAGAAACUGGAGUCACUGUGUUUGGUGUGUGCUUGGUUUAUGACUUCUUUUCCCUCUCCUACAAUGGACUCAAAUUCUACCUGACUGCAAAGAACAGCCAGAAUUUCUUGUAUACUGCAAGGCCUUUUUUAAAGAGAGCUGCUUUGGUGAUAAGCUAUGUGAUCCUUGUGUUGUAUUUCCGCCUCUGGAUAAUGGGAGGUUCCAUGCCAAUGUUUUCAGAGCAGGACAAUCCAGCCUCAUUCUCACCAUAUUUACUGACCAGGUUUUUAACUUAUUCCUACCUUCUGGCCUUCAAUGCGUGGCUCCUGCUGGCACCCAUCACCCUGUGCUAUGACUGGCAGGUCGGCAGCAUCCCUUUGGUCGAGUCCAUCUGGGAUGUGAGGAACUUAGCCACAGUGUUCCUGGUGCUGGUGAUGGCAUUACUCAGCCUACACUGCAUUGCUGCAUUCAAGAAACUGGAACACAAAGAAGUUUUGGUUGGCUUGUUGUUCCUGGUUUUCCCAUUCAUCCCAGCCAGCAACCUCUUCUUCAGGGUGGGAUUUGUGGUGGCAGAGCGAGUCCUUUACAUGCCGAGUAUGGGGUACUGCAUCCUUUUUGUCCACGGUCUAAAAAAGCUGUCUACGUGGCCAAAUAAAUGGAGAAUCACUGUUCCAGCCCUCUUUGCUUUGCUGCUGCUGCUUUUCUCUUGGAAGACUGUGAAACAGAAUGAAAUCUGGCUAUCACGAGAAUCGCUUUUCAGCUCAGGAGUGAAGACCCUGCCCCACAACGCCAAGGUGCACUACAACUAUGCCAAUUUUCUGAAAGACCAGGGCCGUAACAUUGAAGCGAUCUACCACUACAAAACUGCUCUCAAGCUGUACCCUCGUCACGCAAGUGCUCUCAACAACUUGGGGACAUUGACCAAAGAUGUAGUGGAGGCUAAGGACUACUACAGACGGGCCCUUCAGCUCAACCCUCAGCACAAUCGGGCUCUCUUCAACCUUGGCAACCUGCUCAAGUCCCAAGGGAAGAAGGAGGAAGCUGUAAUCUUGCUGCGGGACUCCAUUAAGUACGGCCCGGAGUUUGCAGAUGCUUACUCGAGCCUGGCGUCGCUGUUGGCUGAACAGGAACGAUUUAAGGAAGCUGAGGAGGUCUAUAAGGCUGGCAUAGAGAAUUGUCCAGAGAGCUCCGAUCUGCAUAACAACUAUGGUGUUUUCCUGGUUGAUACUGGGUCUCCUGAGAGAGCCAUGUCCCACUACAGGAAGGCCAUCCUCCUGAGCCCUGCUCACCAUGUGGCCAUGGUGAACCUGGGCAGGCUUCACCGCUCCCUGGGGCAGAACAAAGAGGCUGAAGUGUGGUAUAAGAGGGCACUGAAGGUAUCCCGGAAGGCUGAGAUCCUGUCCCCGCUGGGGGCUCUGUAUUACAACACGGGGCGAUACGAAGAGGCGCUGCAGGUUUACAGGGAAGCGGCAGGGCUGCAGCCUUCCAACAAGGACAUCCGACUGGCGCUGGCUCAGGUUUUGGCGAUGAUGGGGCGGACGAAGGAGGCUGAAAAGAUGACGAACCAUAUCCUUAAUGAGGAUGCAGAGUGUCUGGAGUGCUACCGCCUUCUGUCAGCCAUCUACAGCAAGCAGGAGCUCUAUGCCAAGGCACUUGAAGCUAUAGAAAAAGCGCUUCAGCUAAAACCAAAGGAUCCAAAAGUCAUAUCAGAGCUCUUUUUCACUAAAGGAAACCAGCUAAGAGAACAGAAUCUCCUUGACAAGGCUUUUGAGAGCUAUAAACGGGCUGUGGAACUCAACCCAGACCAAGCACAGGCAUGGAUGAAUAUGGGGGGCAUCGAGCACAUCAAGGGGAGCUACAUCACUGCCCGUGACUACUAUGAGAAAGCCUUACAACUGGUUCCAAAUAGCAAGCUGCUGAAGGAGAAUCUGGCCAAACUGGAUCGCUUGGAGAAACGGUUUCAAGAAGUCCAGGAGAAAGACCAAACAUAGCAAUCAGUCACCAGCAGAAAGACACUCAUACCCCUUGGAGAAGAGUAUGGUGGAAGCCUGUUGCUCAGAGUGACGCUAAAAGAACUUUGAUAGGACUCAGAAUUAUGGAAGGCAAACGUCGACUGCAUGCUUAGGUUCAAUCAAAGUUACAGGAGUCACUCGGAUCAUGUGGGACAUGCUGAAGCAUGAAUGAAAACCCUUUAAUCAUGAUUUUUGUCUAGGCUGAGCCCAAGUUAGUCACACUGGGAGUGUGGUGGGACAUGAACCUUCAAUAUCUUGGUUGUCAACAGGGAAACCAUGAAGACAAAGCACUCAUUCAUUGCAGCAGGGCUGAAGUAGCACCUCCUGUUACUCCACACAGGCUCACCUCAUCCAUGUAGAGCACCACUGAUGGGCUUCAUUGCAAGUGCUGCAGAGACAGGAAAGAUGGUCACAAUGGUCACAUAGAAAAGGUCCAAGGGGUUAAUGCUGAGGAAAUGGUGGUCGCUUUUACAGCUCUAAAUGUGACUUGAAAGUCAUUCUAAAGAAAGGGGAAACUAAUUAAAUAUCACCCUGGAAGGAUGAUUCUACAAGUAGGACAGAUGAUCCUUUGAGGGAAAACCUAGCCUGAAUGUUUUACUCAUUAGACAAUAAUUUUUUAGUAAUUCAGGUUCACGAUGUCACUUUUGUCAAAUAUCAUAUAGCUUUACCCUUUGACCUCUCCCUCCAGGCCAAAUAAUUAUUACUCUGAAAAAAAAUGAAGCAUCCAAAGGCAAUGGGAAGCUCCAGGAUUACUUUUUCUCCUGCUCAGUCCCCAGUAUGGAAAACAACCAACAUAUUUAAUCAAUAUAGGAGGUGAAGUAAAGCCACAGAGGGAUUAGGGAACAUUUCCUAGCCUGGAAAGGUACGAAGGAGGCUCUUUUAUGGGUGUGCAGGGACAAAGCCCAUUUGUCAUGGUGGUAACACUGACAAAAUACUUGGUCAAAGUGUUCUCACCACUCCCCUAAGAGAUACAGAAAAUUAGCUGUAGCUGAUCCGUCAUAAAUCUAUAUUUUUAAAUACUGAUGUGGGGAAACAAAUUCACUUCAGAACUGGGGCUUUUAUUUUUGAGCUUUAUUUAUUUAACUUAUAAUAUUCAAAUAAUUAAUAUAUUUUCUCUGUUUUAUACGAAUGGGGCAAUAUCCUUCACAGCUGGCUACAUGGUUGGGCAUUGUGACUCAUAUUGUCUGAAGUUAGAAAAAGGAAGAACCAGUGAGGCAUGCUGGAAUAAUUCCCUCUCAUCAUUCUAAGGCAAGAGGCUGCCAAGCGCAUUGGACCACACUGGCCCUGCAAUAGCAGCACUUCUGCUGCUUCCAGCAGGGUUUGCACCAGUUCACAGGAAUUGUUAGUGGGAUCCUGCUUCAUGCCUUUGGCUUUGGACAUCAGGGUAGGUCAUCUUGCAGCGCUAAACUGCCAGAAAAGUUGUUUUGUUCAGGCUUGACUGUGGCCAGCAGCCCAAGGGUUUGGCAUUAUUAGUACAGUCCAGUUAGGUGUGCAAUGCCUUAAAACACAGCUGUGAGGAAAAGCCUGUGUGGCAGGCAACCCUGUGGUGCCCAGAUUUAGCUGGCCAUGGCACCUCAGCACGCUCCAAAUUCCUCAGUAGGAUGAUUCAGCCAUGUGCUGGAGGUUUGGCUGGUUUCAUUUGAAGAGUGUGGUGUCUUGCUGAAGGUGGUGGUCAAAUUACUGACGAAUUAUUGAUGUGACUCCAACUGCUUUUGGAGCUCAGAGGGACUCCAGGUGCAGUUGUCUGCCCUGCAAGGGUUUAUGGACCUGCCAGAGCCAUGGCUGUGCACCCACUGAGACCAGGCUGGACUAGUCCCCACUGGCCAAGGAGACCAGCCAGCUACAGCUGGGCAGAAUAGAAAGAUUGCUGGGGGAAGAUGUGGCACCACAAGUGUUUGGGCUCUCUCCCUACAAACCAGCUUCCCAGGGGGAACACUGGGAUCAGAAUAAGUUAUUUUACUGUUGAGUUUUUGAGGCAGGGGCAGGUUUAAUCUCCUGGGGCUAGGUCAACAACCCUCCCUUGUUUUUUCACACGACUAUUGUGGCUGUGGACUGGUUGAACUGACAUUUCUGCAGGUCCCCAGUGCAGGUGCUCUGCUGGCUGCCUUGCAGAGAGUAGCUUUGCACACCCCUGGGCAGCCAGGAUGGCCAGGAGGAGGUGUGGCAUCAUGCCAGCACAGUCCCAUGGGAUGGGGAAACCAAAGCUUAAAUGGCCUCUGACUGCAGUCAGUUCCCUGGCAUGCCCUGAAAGGUUGUAGAUGGUUCCUUACUGGGAUAUUCAGAGGUACCUGGACCAGAAAGCUCUCUACCUGUCCCCAAGGUGAGCCUGUCUUUGGGGCAGCUUCCCAAAGCCCCCUGUGCCCAGGCUGGCUGUGGUGCAGUGAAUUUGGGGGCUGGCAGAACAGUGUUUGUUGCAGCCCUGCCAGUGGUACUGUGCAAAGCCCCCCAGGGAAGAGGCAUCUGCAGAGUGCUCUAACAGCCAGGAGAACCCUGGGGGGUAGUGUGGGGGGAGAUAGGCCUCCUUUAAAAAUGUGUAUCAGCUAUCAACUUUGCCUCAAAAAGGUAUAUUAAAUAAAUACUAUAUAUUCUACAGGCCUCGCUGCAGUUUGUGGCUUUAAAUAGUGGCUAAUGAAACAUAUUUUUUCAAAUACAGAAAUUGUAUUUUUUAUAGCAAUGCUUCAUGAGGGGGAAGACUUAUGUUUUUAACUUCAGCAUAAAUCUUGGUUUGUCUUUCCUGAGAGACCUGGUAGAAAUUCCUGUCUCCUGCUUGUCCUAAAACCUGAUCAAAGCCAUCUUGACCCCCUAAAACUGGUGUAUGUGUAGAAGUACAGCACAGCUUUGGAUCCCCUCCCAGAUCCUGGAGAAGGAUUGAUUACCAUUUGUGCAACACUGUCUUACUUGCAGAAGAUGGAGAAAGAUGAGACCAUGCUCCCAGUAAGGGAGGUGGUUUGGUUGGCAGGCAAGACAUAUCCACUUGCCUGAAUGGGGCAGGUAAUAUAUCCAGGGACUUUAAUGCCAGUUGAAUCAAUUUACACUCAUGUGUAAAGCAGGGCAGCUCUCCACGUUUUGGAGCUGGGUUUAUGGUAGUUUGGGACAGAGGAGAGCUCAAUAAUGAAGCCCACGUUCCUGAACCAGCACUUUAUACCCCAUCUAUGCAGGAUGACAGGCUGCAAACUGGCAGCAGAUUUGGAGAAUGACUCAGACCAUGGGCUACCAAAGCAGUUAAACCCUUGUGAAGUUCUGAGCUGACUCCCUGUCCUGUAGGCACCCAUGCUGAAGCCCUGUAUUUGUUCAGGGCAUUAAUCAUGUCAGAGGUUUAUUGCAGGCAAAGAAGAACAGAGUAUAAUAUGAAAUGGGUUACUUCCACCAAAAGGGAAUGCUAUUGUGGAAGAUAAAUUGAGCAACUUACCUUGUGAUAACUUUAUAUUAUCUUAAUACAUCAUAGGAAAUGUUCUCUUCCUCUAGCAUUGCACAGCUUCUAAAAUAAUGAGUUAUAAACACAUUGUUUUCUGCCAACUCCAGUGCCCAGCAUGGUUAGCAGAGAUUGCAAAUUAAUAAAUGGCUGAAGAUCUGCCUGGUGCAGGAGAGUUCAUGCUCUCUGCAAGUUGCAUUGGCUAAACCUCAGUGCUCACUAAUUUUAAAGCAGAGAAUUAAUGGGAAGCUGCUUAGACAGGACUCUCAUGUACUCACUGUGCAUUUUAAUCCUAAAUGAGAAACAUAAUAAUUGUGUUGCUUUUUCCUUUCCCCAUGAAUAAUAUUUGCAGCUGAUGGAUUUUAUUUUAUUGCUUAUUUACAUUCCAGCAUUCUUUGCUUCCAUCCCUUUUCUGUCCCCCAGGAUAAAUGAUGCAGUGUGGGGCAUUUUCUUUCUCUCAUGGACUCCUUGGACUAGAUUUUCCUGCAAAUGUGUAGGCAGUUUGUUUUGCCCAAACAGUAAGUGAAUGCAGGGGUGCAAAUGGCCUUCAUUCCAGAGAUCUCAAGGAGGACAGGGGGCUGUGCAUGCAUGUACAGAGGCAGAAAGAAGUAUAAAAAAUUCAAAAUAAAGAGCCUAAUUUGCAGGGGAGGCUGGACACCCCUAAAAUGGUCUAAGAACUAUGAAAGCUUCUCCAGAUACAGAAACCAGGCCAGAUAUGGUGUACAAUAUUUGAUGAAAGAAGAUAAUUCUCAGUCUAAUUUGUUAAUUAAGCAAUUUAGAAUAUUAUUAUAUGGUCCUUUGCCCCACUUGUCCUCCAGCUCAUUGAAACAGCUGGUGUAUGCUUAAGUCUCUUCAAUCUUUAUGUGAUUGAGUUGACCAAGUGCUCAAUUUCUAUCUUUCAUAUAUGCAAUCAUACACAAUCUUUCAAAAAAAUUAGCCCUUAGAGGGCUUUUCCCUCAACCUUCAGUCUGUUGCAGCAAUUUCAAAAUGCACCAUUUUGCUUUCAUGUACAUUUAAACCCAGCAGCAAAAGAGAAAAAAAAAAAAAAGAAAAAGAAAAAAAAAGCGCUUGGCAUUCACUGGUGUUUUAAUGUGGCAAAGUUGCUUCAGGUAACCUUGAUAACUUUGUGCAAAAGUUCAUUGCCAUGUUUGUACUGACUUGCUGAAAUUAUUUUCUUCUGGAAAAUACCCCCAGUGGUAUCCUCUGUAAAAGUUACAGCUUCUACAACUGUAUUGCUGUAGAAAUCUCUGCGCGAAGUGGAUGUCACGCUGCGUGUUCCUCUCAUGCAGAAGUUGUUUGCAUUGCCUGUUGUUCAUAUGGUUCUUAUUUCUGUAUCUAUUUUUUUAAAAUUGGCUGUGCAUAUCUUUUUAAAAAGGAAAACAAAAACAGACAAAAACAAAACCAUGAGAAAACAGCCCGUGGAUUAAAAAUAUUUCAAAAAUUAAUUUACUCUUAGCAGCAGCUGGAUGUAUGUCAGUGAUGCAGGAAUUUGCAAAGUCUUUGUUUUUUUCACAAUGGGAUUUAUGGCUAGAUUCCACAUCAAGGAGUUAUGCUCAAAGUCUUUGCAAAAGAAAAUGUAUGUAAAUGUCUAUUUUAUAUAAAAAGUAUGAAAAGUA